AUGCCACAAUGGAAGGAGCAAGUGGUAAACUGCGUUCCUUCCGCGGCUCCAUCAAACAAGCCUCCUCUGAUCUCCAGUCUUCUCAAUGCCAUUCAACUUGGCAGACGCACACUGGAACCCUUCUCCAUCAACAUCACGAUCUUUGCGUUGACAUCGAACCUCUUUCAUCUGCCUGGCUGCCCUCCUUUACCCUUCUACGGAACUACGGAUACGACACGACUGCAAUACAUCAGCAACCCAUCAGAAACCCACUUCUAUCCACACAGAGCCAUAAAACACAUUCACCACGGCAUCACAGAGAUAGCAGCUUCUAUUAUCGGCCUCUCAAACGCACGCCGACCGACCGACCAUCCGACACCGCAUUCGCCUCUUCCCCACACGCACCGCCAUCCCACCAUCAUUUGCCUGUCCUGGCUGAGCAAGCAGAUCCACGCCAUCCGCUCAACAACCAGCAACCGCCGACCAGCCAGCAGCCCGCCCCCGGCACCAAAGCACCUCGACACUACCAAGCACACACACACGCAAGCACACACCACCGUUUUACCCAAACCACUACGGAUACAGAACAGUGAGAACAACCAGCCAUCCCCCUCUAGCCCGUUUACUCUGCCAAUCUGGCCCUCCCUGACUCUCUGCCCCUGCUACCUGGCCCGUCCUAGGAGCUUCAACCCGCUUUGCUGCUUGUGCAGGAAGCGCCGCUUAGAGGGGACGCUUCCCUCGUCGAUCCCCCAGCACAAACGCACAAACGAAGCACAAAGACGGAAUAAGUCUCUCUUUCUGACUCUCGCCAGGCCAGCAAACCCCUUGAUCGACACCUUUCCACGGCGCACUACAGAGUGUCACCCCAAAUCAGUCCAUCGGCCACCUCGAUAUAUAACCACCCUGUUCCACACAUCCGCACCUGUCGAACGAUUCCCCGUUCGAUCCCUCUUUCGAUUCUUUCUAGAUCUCACCCCACGCAAGACGCACCUCCGAAACACAACUUGGACUACCCUCUGA